AUGUCUAACAAAACAACAAUAACCAGUCUCUAUGACCAAUUUAAAAACACGCCCAAAAAACUAAAAAUCAUCUGUGGUUGGGAUGAAGUAAUUCAACCUUACAAAAAGACAAAUGAUGAAAAUAGGCUAGGAAACAAAAUAGGAAUCGAAUACUUUCUUUAUGGUUCCAAGCUAGAUACGAAACAUUGCGGAGAGGGAGUAAAAGAAAAACAACCCAAAAUCAAAAACUCCCCAGACUUCUAUGAAGAAGCACCUUUUUUAAGUAUUGCCGAGGAUUUAUUGAAACUAAUUAAAGAGGGUAAAGUAGAACGAUUAAUUUUCUUAUCUGCUUACGAUAAAAGAAAGUUUGCUAAUGGUGAUGAUAGAAAGAGGAAAAUAUUUAGAGAAACCUUUGCUAAAUAUGUUUUUAACUUAAAAGAAAAACAUAAUAUAAAUCUCUGCACUUCCAAAAUCCACGAGUUUGUUUCAUUAGAACUAAUCCCUUUUGACAGCGAGGAAAAAGGGCAAAGUAAAGCCGACUGA